GGUUGGGAGGGGAAUUCCGGCGGCAGUUGUUUCUCCGUUUGGAAAUCACUGACGCUCUUAUUUCCACCCGAUGUACGCAACUUUGGACGGGAUGUGUGCGAUUUCCUUCGAAUUACGGCUCAGUCGCGCUUCGUCGCUCGCUCAUUGACCUCGGGAAAACGUCCACGAUCGGUGAAAUUCGUCCUCGAUAUAGAUCGGAAUCGUCUCUCCGAUUCGGUUAUCUCUUUUGCCAAUCAUCUCUAGUGAAGAAUUCGUGCUGAAGAAUCAUGCUUGGUUUCACAACAGUCUUCCGAAACCAGCCGAACAAAUGCGUAGACUCCUCCGUAAUUUCGCCGAGAUCUAAAGUCAGAGAGGUAAUCGUCGAUCAUGGUUUCGUCGACUGCAAUCUCGACACGGAUUUCCAAGACGACGACGCGGAGCACACCUGGCAGACAGAUACCGAGGAACGCGGUGAGCAGCCCUAUGACUGUUAUGUGGGGUCCGUUUCACCUCCGAGGAAGAGCCCCGCAGCGGAGACAAUGGAAGAGGAUCGUGCUCUUCCCACGCAAGACGGUGGGGAAGAUUCAACGAAAAUGGAUCCCGACGAUUCCUUCGUGAGCCACGAUAGCGAUUGCGACAGUCUGACGACUUUCAUCAAAGUGGAUUCUCUUCGAGCGAAAUUCGCUAAAUGCGUAGAGCUCGUGAAGAAGGUUCCGACAAUUCAGAAAGUAAUUGUCGUGGUGAACGAGACCGACAUCGUUCUCAUGACAGCACUGCUGUGUUUGUCGAAUGUUGCGGCGGAGAUGUCGGGGAAGUCGGCUACGCUCGUGCAGGUUGUCAGGGCUCGGGACUUGCGGAAAGUGCGCGGUCCCGUGGACGUUGUGAUCAAUGUCGACAUGGUGUCGUCUCUGGCCGAAUUGGCCGGCCGAGGCGAACUCUUGAGGAAUGAGGGGAGGAUGAAGACUCUCUUCAUGGAAGAGUUCGAUAAGAAUAAAUGCCGCGCGAUUGUCUCCGCUUCGUUCAAGUGUGGAUUGGGGAUGCCCUUCGAGCUGGAGUCGUACAUCGUUUGACUGCCGUGAGCCAGAACUCGGAGCGACCCCAAGGCUCUUCCGAGGAACCCUAGCAUCCCUCCGGGACUUUUCAUUACAUUAAAGUUUCUCUCUCAUCAUUUCCCCCGUUGGUUCGUUUCUUCAUCCCCAGACAGGGAUCGACUUUUUUGGUUGUAUCUGUAGCUGGGAGCUGAAUGAGUAUGUUCAGUUUGAUACUGUGAAUUCACAUCUGAUCGCGGUUUGUAAACGUCGGAGAAGUUCUCAGGCUUUCCACAAUUGUUGAUUUGUUAGAUACUCGCUCC